CAUCUCGUGGUUUUGUGUUCUUUUGUUGUUGUAGGGUAAUACUUAUUGGUUGAAACAGCGAACGAAGUAUCCCUCGGGAUGCAUUUUAUGGCCCUUACUAGAACCAAAUAUUAGAUCUAGCACUUGGAUCUUGAAUAUUGUCUCGGGUUGAACAGCGUAAAGCUACGAGUUAACCUUUGAUCAUGAGUAAUACUACGACAAGUGAAACUACAAAACUGCACAAAGAACUCGAGACCGAGAAAGCCAACGAAGAACUGGAGUCAAUCAUGGUUGUUUAUAAUGGCAAACAACACACAGUGAAGUUUCCAGUCAACGCCAACGCAAAAGUUAUCAGUCAAAGUAUUAAGAAAGUAACAGGAGUGAAAGGGUCGUUUUACGUGCAUUUUGGCGAAAAGACAAACAACUAUUUACACUCUUCAAGCGUGACUAGUGGAAAUCUCGCUAAACUUGCAGGGCAGCCUCUCGAGCUUAGAGGUGGAAACGGUAAGUUCAAGUUUUCGUGACUGAGUUUGUCUGUGUUUAAAGCUCCGGUUUGGAAUACGAAAGUGCGGUUUGAGCUUAUUUAACAAUGGGACAGUGAUUGCUAAUAUUUUGAUACUCGGCGAAGUACUUUGGACUUUGAUUACUUUCCAUCCUUACACGAAUAUUUUUUCCUCUGGUUAUUCGUUUUAAGCAAAUCACAUAUAACUUUGAUUCACUUUCUUUAUUUUUAUGGGCCCCUGUCACCUCUCAUAAGUUUGUUUGCCCUCCUAACGACUAAGCAGACAUCUACGAUCUACCUCAAUCUACUGUAAUAUUGAGGACUGGGUGUUGGCGAAGCGUUUAAACGUGACGCGCGAUUAAGCUAAAAAUUAUUACGUGACGCAUCGAUUUUGUAAAAAGACAAGUAAAGUGAAGUUUAAACUUUUUCUCUUUAAAUUCGUGAAGCUUGGAACUCUGUUUUAAGUACACGUGACGUGUGAGUUUGGCUAAAAAUUGGAGCCCCCCCCCCCCCUUAACAAGUAUUCACUGAAGUGGAGGUGGCUAGUAGUGGAUAUUUACCAAGCUACAAAGGAGAGAAGUGAAUAUCCACUGAUAGCCACCAGCACUGAGGUGAGUAGAUGUUUUAGUACAUACUAAGACAGUGAGAUAGUACAGCACGAAGAGAUUACUUAGACUUGUUUUUUCCUGCAAUGGUUAUAAUGUUUUGGGGUGCAAACAUAGCACAUAAUCUCUUGGAGUUGAAUAGUAAAUGUUAUUCAGAGUUUGAGUACCAAAUCAGAGUGUGCCUUUAAUGCUAUUCACUAUUUCUGGUGAAUACUGAACAGUUUUAUCCAAGAUUAUUCCAGGUGGUUUUUAAAUUAUGUUGGCUUGAGAAUGAGUAUCCUCAGAAAAUACAUAUACAAGCUGUAGAAAUAAUUGGUAUAAAAAUUAACCCAUAACAGAUUAAAAUCAAGCUCAGCAUUUUCCUCCAUGUUAUUCACAGAAACUACUGACCAUGAAACAAGUAUUGUAUUUACAUUGCACCCUCUUGGGAUUCAAGCUCUCCGUGCCACUACAACACAGUAUGCUCAACUCUAGAGAACAUCUUUUAGACCUAAUAGCUUCCAAAAUUUAAUUCUGAGGUAUGAAGUUGAAAACAUUUUGUAACUUCGAUUGUUUACUUCUAAUAACAAUGUCACAGAUUUAACCUUGUGCACUCUAACAUCAUCAUGCAUAUUCUCCAUACUGUUCUCUAUAUAUUUUCUAGGUUCUAACAAGGAAAAUUUGUAAAAACACCAAGAGCCUUAUUAGUUGCUGAUCAUUUCCUAUAUUCUUGUGACUGAAACAUUUUAUUCAGGGAUGAUAUUGUCAGGAGAAAUUAGAACCUUGUCUCUGUUAAGGAUUAAAGGGUUAAUGUAACAGUUAACUAUCAAAUCAGUUAUUUAUUAUUGGGAAGCUUUACUGAAUUACUGAUUACUAAAUUUUUUUUAAAUCACCAGCAUUUAACAAAGGAGGUGAUUCUAUAUGGUACUAUAACAGUCAAGCCCUCAAACCUGAAGUUACAAAAAAGUGCAGGGAGAUGGAAAUUGUACCAUUUGAUAACCCUCCUUAACUACUGUCAUCAAAAGAAUGUGGAGUAAAUGAUCAAUAGGUUAUAAGGCAUGCAGAUAUUGGCCUUCUCUCGUCUGAUUCAUUUACAACAAAUACCAUAGUGUGAAGACGUGUGCUUUUGGAAGCAUUCAAGUGUGGUUGUUCUGGUGAAGUUUGUUGAGUGAUGCAAAGACUGUCAGAGACAGCUAAGAAAAGUGAGCAGUUAAUGAAAAUAUCACCUGAAUACAGUUAAUUAUAACUGGAAAUAAACUGUCAUGAAAUAAACCAAAUUAACCCUUCAACUCUCAAGAUCUGAUUGUCAAUUCUCCCCUCUAACUGACUCACAAUUCCUUGUAAAUAAGUUAUGAAAAUUUGGUGUUAGCUCAAGAUAACAACUUCUUCCCGAUAAGUUCGAGUAUUCUCAUUACCUAGUGGCCAGAUAAUGUACAGAUAUCAUAGGGAGAAGUUACAAGUCAAUCAAUUCUGGGAGUUAACCCUUUCACUCCCAUGAGUGACCGAGACAGAAUUUCUCCUUACAAUAUCAAUACAAUAUCAAGCAGGCAGGUGAUGAGAAUAGAGAAGAAUAUUGAUCAUGGGAUUAUUAGUUGAUCCAAUACCAAAUUCUCUGAACUAACAUCUUAAGAAUUGUAUGGCAGAUAGUAAGGAGAAUUACUAAUUAGAUCUUGGGAGAGAAAGAGUUAAAGGGUUAAAAAAUAGAUGCCAUUUUGCCAUGCCUCUGUGUUGCAAGAGAUCACAGAUGACAUCAAAAUAAAGCAAGAACUAAAAAGUGGCACACGAGGUGCAGCUGUGUGUCAUUAAAUGAAAUGUUCUAACUACAUUUAAUGUCGUUUGUGAUUUAUUACUGUGCAGACCCACAGCAAUAUGGAUUCUACUUGUUUUAUACAUUAAGAAGCAAAAUGUCGUCAAUUCUGACAUCAUAUAUGGACCUCUCUUUCAGUAGAUCAUAACUAAAAACUUAUCAAAAUGCAUAUAUAAUUCAGCUUAUCAUAUAAUUUUAAUGAUAUAAUUCUUUGUAUCAAGUUGUGUGAAUUAACUGAAAGAUGCAGUGUGUCUAAGUGAACACACACACUGACAAAUUUAAUGAAACUGAAUUUUGUUUGUGAGGGGAUGUGGUGAAUAAAAGACAGUAGAAUACUUGGCAAUCAUUGUUGUCCAAUUAACAAAUACUGCAUUUUCUUGAAUAGGUACCCACCCCUUUGGACUUAAUGUUAAACAAGCACCUCUUUCAAAUAAGCAGUGCCCCUUCCUCCUUCACUUUCAUAACAGUAGGGGCACAAGGACAUCUGAGCUGUUACUACUUCCACUGUUAUUAGAACUUUUUAAGCUUCAACUACUGUGAAAUCUGUACAGGAUAAUCAUAAGCAUUGCUCUUGAUUAAGUGGCCUCCUUCACAAUGAAAUAUCAGAUAAGCACUAAGCAUUUCUUUGAGGAAAUACGGUAGAUUCCAUGGUACCAUGCAUCUUUUCUUUAGAAGAUCAACGCAAUAUCAAAAUGUAAUAACAAAAGUGGCACACAUCAGGAACAGCUAGGUGUGUCACCGCAUUGGAAAUGUUGUGUAAUCAAUAGCUUCAAUGCAAGAGUGCUUCUGAGGUGACUGUAUUCCUCAUAGGGGUGGAAGUGGCAAAAGUUGGACAAAAUAUUUGAUUGGUAGUGGGUGACUGAGGCCUUCAAAUUAUGACCUUGUUUAAUUAAUAACCCUUUAACUCCCAUAGGUGACCAAGACAUAAUUUCUCCUUACAAUAUCAUUACAAUAUGAAGCAG